GCUUCUCACACGCGAAAAUGUCGUGGCAAAAUUUCCUCUCUAUUCUACUUUUAACACUUUUUGCUGCUGUUCGAAUUGACUCCCAUCGAAUUCUUGCGAUUUUUCCAACGCCAUCUAUCAGUCAUCAAGUCGUUUUUCGUCCUGUGAUACAAAAACUUGCAGCUCGAGGACAUCAUGUUACUCUCUUAACGCCUGAUCCUUUUGGACCACACGAAAAUAUCACAAUAAUCAACCUGAACUUCCUUUACGAGGAUUGGAAAGAAAUGGAUUUUGUGCAAAUUGCCGAGUUAAACCCCUUUGACAUGGUUCACAUUCUCGUGACAAAAAUGUACGAAAUGAUGCAGAAAAUCAUGGAACUGGAUCAAGUUCAACCCAUUUUGAGGAAGGAAAAGGAGUUUGAUGUCGUGAUUUGUGAGUUUUUGGGUUACACGCCGAUGUAUGCGUUUGCCCAUUUGUAUCAAGUGCCUUUGAUUGGGAUGACGUCGCUCGAUAUGAGUCCAAGUGAACAUUCGUCAAUAGGAAAUGUGAUUCAUUCUGUGUUACAUCCUCACACAGCUUUCCCAUUUUUUGGCGAUUUGACGUUCGGGGAACGAAUUCAAGCUGUUUACAUGUCGCUCAUUAUGAAAUACUAUUUUGUUCCAACGUUUGGAGGAAAGUUCGAUGAACUGAUUUACAAAUAUUUUGGAAGGGAUUUUCCCAAUUCUUAUGACAUGACAAGAAAAGCAAGUUUGGCAAUCAAUAAUGCUCAUCCUGCUCUUGGAUUUACAAGACCUAUUGUUCCUACAACUAUUCAAGUUGGGCUUCUUCACGUCAAGGAACCUAAACCUCUUCCAACUGAUUUGGAAGUUAUCAUGGAAACAUCCGAACGUGGUGUGAUCUACUUCAGCUUGGGAUCCAACGUUAAAAGUGCAAACUUGAAAAAGGAUCAAUUUGAAACUUUUUUGAAGGUUUUUGCUCGUCUUCCUUACGACAUCAUCUGGAAGUUUGAGAACGAAACAAUGUACGGUAAACCCAAAAAUGUCGUUAUUCGUAAAUGGUUACCGCAGCAAGACUUGCUCGCCCAUCCAAAUCUCAAGCUCUUCAUUACUCAUGGCGGGCAACAAUCCAUGGAAGAAGCUGUAGAUCGAGCAGUUCCUCUCUUAUGCAUUCCAUUCUUCGGGGAUCAAGAAAUGAACUCGAAGAAAAUCGAACAUCUCGGUAUCGGGCGAAGACUUUUACUCAACAACUUGUCUCCAAAAACCUUCGAAGCUUCCAUUCAAGAAGUAAUUAACAACAAAAAGUACAAAGAAGCGAUUUUAGAAUUACGUGACGUUGUGAAAGACACGCCGUUAUCAGGAGUCGAUACAGCAACUUGGUGGAUCGAAUAUACAAUUCGACACAAUGGAACGCGACACUUGCGAUAUCAAGGACUCAAUUUUCCGCAUUGGAAGUAUUAUUACUUGGAUGUCGCUGCGUUUACGAUUGCUGUGUUGCUCGUUGUCGUUGGCGUUUUGUAUUUCAUUGUAAGGCUGUUUUCGGUAUUUUGUAAGCUGAAGGAAGGAAAAGUUAAAGUACAUUAAGGAAUGUUUGGCAUUUGGAUAGAAAGAACUCGAUACUCAUGAUAAAUAAAAAUGGAAGAAGAAUUGUAUAAAAUCUAAUCAAUAAAUUGCAUUCGAAUCAUUUUCGAUUACUAUU